AGCCGUACUCGAAUCGCUUUAGGGGGAUGUUCGAUUUCAGGCUUGUUUCUGUCUUACGAUGUUCGCAACAUCUACCGUUCUCCACCGCUCUACAUAGCGUAGUAUUAAAUCAGAAAUGAUUUAACAAUUGUUCGGAAUAUCAAAAGUCUCAUGUCCCUCUCAUCAGACCGCGCAAGAUGUCUUGCAGUUACUUUCUGUCAGCACGUACAACCGUCACGCUUUACUUUACAUGUGUUUGAUUUGUUUAUUUCCUUCAAGUAUAUCAACGUCACACAUCAACAUAACUCAUGGCUUUCUCAAGCUAUCCAAAAUUGUUAUCUUAUUGGUCAUGUUGAACCAUACUUAUUAUUAAUAGGUGGAUCUUCCGCACAUUUGCAAACCAUAAAGUUAUCAUGGGAUAGAGGUCAACUUAAAUCUCCUUUUGGUUUCGCAAUCAACUCAGUGUCAGAUGUUGGUUCUUGGUUGUUGGAGACUUCUCAGUUUAAUGCAAUGCGUUUGGAGGAAGUUAUCUGUCAACUAGUUUGGCAAGUUACACAAUCUGAACCUAGUUGUUCAGUGGAACGUCUAGUCAAAUAUCUUGAAGACGUAUAUCGUGGCAUACAACUUCCUCUCCCUUCACUAAAUGACGUGAAUAAUUCUUUGGCCGUCUUAACUCAAGCUGGAGCGAUAUAUUUUAGCGGUCACGGAUACAAUCUUCUGACACCUGAAAAGUUAGCCGUUGCAAAAUGGCUUGAAAGUAUACCGGAAACAUGUACAGACACUGAAAGUGUCUUGGAUUACCCAAUUUUAAAAACAGCACCUCUAGCAGAAAUAGAGCCAUUUGGACGAAAUGCAUCCUUAUCUGAUCCAGUUAACCGUUGUGAUCUUGUUCCAAACAACGAUCAACUUCGCAAUGCUAAACAUAAAAUUGGAAAUUCUACAUAUUAUCGGAAUCCUAGUGCUCUGGUGCCAGUUCCCGAAAAUCUAGAACUAGAACAUUUGCUCAGGUCUUUCAGUGCUCAUUCCAUAAGUUCAUAUCACCUUCGACGUAAUCACAUAAAUCAUUGCAACCCAGCUGUAUUUGUUUCACCUACCAAUAGUUUAAAAUAUCUCAAUUCCCAGUUCCCCUUAACUUAUAAAACAAAUGGCAUCAAUAGUAAUUAUGCUAUGAAAUCAGCAAGAGAAAAUGUUAGUAAAUUUAGUUCAGCUGGUGUGAGUGAUUCUCUUAAAUCACAUACAGCUCGAUCUGAAAUCAAACUCCCACAUCAUUCACAAAUGGAAACACCAUUCACCAAAUGUACUAAAAUACCAUCAAACAAAAAAUUUCAUCCCCCAGGUUUUUUGAAGUGGCUUUUGGAUCGAUUUCAACAUCUUCGGCUUUCUUGGCGUCCCAGUCGCCUGUCACGCGUUGAAGAUCAGAUUAUGCAUCCUCAGAAAGGUAAGACAUCUCAAGCAAUAAAAACUGCUAAAGAUGAGUAUUAUGUUCCCAGUCAUCCUGCAAAUCAACCACCCCAAAACCAUGCGAUAUCCUACGAUAGCUUUUCUCCUAGCAACUUACGAAGAUGCUUUAGUUUGUCGGAUGGGGAAAAUCGAAUAAAACUAACGACCAAAUUAUAAAGAACUGCAGUUCAUGCAUGGAAGGAUCGUUCUCUUCAGGGAUUUUGAAUGCAGAAAUUAACGGUAAAGGUGGCAGAAAACGAUCAAGUUGUCCAAGUAAACAAUUACAUUUGUCUUCUCAAAAAGACAUUCAUGGGAACCAUUCAGUAGCAUCCUUAACUGUUAGCUCAGUAUCUUUUUCGAAAAACCAUUUUCUAAGCCAAAAUCACGGCAUUAAAUCAGUACCACGUCUAAUUACUUCACCCCCUACUCUGGUGCGUAACUCUUCAAAGAAUGGCUCGAACUUUUCUAUACAACACAGUGGCCGGACGUCUACUAUGCGAGAUAGUGGGUUUGUAGAAGGACUACAUCGCCCUUUCAUAUCUGGUUCUUUUAUACAAUCUAAUUUCUCGAAAUCCUCCGAAAGUUCCCGUAUGCAUCAUAAUCCUAAAUCAGACAGAUUUUUGCGAAAAGCGUCUAUUAACUCCUCAAAUCUUUGGUGGUACAUAGGAUCAAGCCGCUUGACACCUUCUAUAAAAGCUUCCAGGCCACAAUUCAUUACUUCUAAUAAUAUGUGAAUGUUGUUAAGAAAUGCCAUUCAAACUAUGCUUUCAAUUUAUUAACUAUCAGUCAAAAGUCACUAAUCCUGUUACACCUUUUAACAGUUAUAUAUAGUGUGUUCCUUUGCAUUUAUCAUACUAUUAUGCAUUCAAUAGUUACACUUUUUGUCUUUCCGAGAUUUGAAUAAACCUAUUUUUUGGAUGCCCUCAGAACUAAACAUACAAAUUUCGUAAUCGAUAACUCAUUUUUUAACCUCUUAAUUUAAAUUAUUUCGAAGAAACUCCUUUACUGCCAUUUUUAUCUCUGCUUUCUCUUUGCUGCCUUACCAUAACUGUAUUUUUUUAGAAUUGUUUAUUAGAAAUAUAACUGAUACAGAUAAU